AUGAUGGACCUCCAGGACGUGCAAGUCUUCCAGCUCGGGGUUAGAGAGCAGUUCCAGCGCCUGACGGACCAAGAGAAGCGAUAUGCGCACCAUAUGGCUCGUGCCGCAUGGCAUGGAACGAGGAUCAUCCUUCGCCAGGUCUCCCCAGAGUCGGCGUCGAUAUUUGACUUUAUCAUUGAGCUCCACAACUAUUGCGCCGGUAAUUGGAGCUCUCUGACUGGGCCCGACGUCAACGAGGAGAAUCUCCAAGGAUUCCUUGUCUAUGCAGCCACGUUUCUUUCCAACAUCGGCAACUAUUUUGGGUCGGGUGACCAAAAGUUUGUCCCGGCCGUGGACGGUCUGGUCUUGAAGAGCCUCGCCAGCAGGUCCUCCAGGCUUUCGGAGCUGUAUAAACAGAUAGCAGAGUCCAUCUAUGCCAGGCCACCUUUCAGCCUCGGCUAUCCUGCCGAAUCGACGCAGAGCAGCUACUAUCCCGACUCUCCCUCCAUCACCGAGGAAGAGAUCAAGGCAGCCUCCAAAGCCCUGGAGCAGAACUCGGUCUUUUUAGAGAAUACGCGGCUGCGAAAGGCGGCCAACAACGUGGACUACGAACUCUUGGUCGCCUCUGUAAGCUGCGAUAUUGAAGGAAACCCCGCCGCACAGAGGACGUUUGCUCUUGGCGAGGAUCAAAAGGGAGUGAGUUUCCGCACCGGCGAUCUGGAAGCCUACCGCGAGUCACAGCGCAUCUGGGUCCGGGACUGCGCCCCCCGUGUCGAGAACAUAAUGGGAUUUGUAGAGCCGUACCGCGAUCCACAUGGCGUCCGUGCCGAGUUCGAAAGCCUGGUUGCCAUCGCCGACGACGGAGAGACGGCGAUGCUCGCAAAGCUAGUAGAGCUUUCGCCCCGUUUCAUUCGUCGGCUGCCUUGGGCGACCGAGGAUAACGAUGGCAAGGGCCCAUUUGAGAAGAGUCUGUUUGAGCCGCCAGACUUUUCCAGCAUUCACUCUCUUGCUUACUGUUCUAGCAUUAUAUUCCCCGGAAUCAACCUGCCAAAUUACAAUGACAUCCGACAAGAGGUGGGGUUCAAAAACGUCAUUAUCGCCAAUCGCAUGGCAGCCGAAAGCCAGUGCAAGCAGUACCCUUUCAUCCCCGUCUCCGAGGCCGAAAGGUUCAAGGAGCACAAGUUUCCCGCGUACUACUGGUGGGUUGUGCUACACGAGCUGCUCGGCCAUGGGACUGGUAGGAUGAUGGUCCAAAAAGGGGAAGGCCAGUUCAACUUUGACAUCGAGAACCCGCCCGUCAACCCGCUUUCGGGCAAGCCCAUCACGAGCUGGUACAAGCCUGGUCAGACUUGGACGGGCCAGUUCGCAGACCUGGCUACCACGGUAGACGAGUGCAGGGCCGAACUUGUUGGGGCCUAUCUCAUGGACGAAAAGGAGCUGUUGGGGCUACUUGGGUUCACGGAUACGUCCGAUAUCCGAGCGGAGGAUUUAACAUAUAAUUUGUACCAGCAGCUCGGAGUCGAUGGGUUGCGCGGCCUCUCCAACUUUAACGUUGGCAGUGGCAAAUGGGGCCAGGCACACAGCAGAGCCCACUUUUCAAUACUUAGAUGCCUCCUGCUCGAUGGUGACGGCGUCGUCACCAUCACCCACGACAAACCUAAAAGCUCGCUGACGGUCCACGUCGACAGGUCCAAGAUUGUAACGCACGGAAAGCCUGCACUUGGCCGGAUGCUCCUCCGAUUGCACAUGUACCGCUGCACGGCCGAUGUGGCGGCCUGCCGGACUUAUUACGAGGACCUCUCUAGAGUCGAGGGGGAGCAUCUCGAGUGGAGGGAGACGGUGCUAGCUAACAAGCCGCCUCCGAUGGUGUUUGUGCAAGCAAACACAUUUCUUGAAGAGAGCAGCGGUGAGGUCGUGCUCAAAGAAUACGACGCUACUGUAGAGGGCAUCAUCCAGAGCUGGGCCGAGCGCAGAGUCUGA